AUGUCGCAGAAAGAAGUGGCUGACGUAUCUAUUACUCAAAAUGGAAGAGGAAGAGGAAACGAACUUCCUCUCGAGUUAAUAGACACAAUCGUCGAAAACAACAGAGACGACAAAGACUCUUUACUCGCGUCAUCGUGUGUAUCCAAGUCAUGGCGCACGGCGUCCUUAAGACACCUUUUCUCCGCCGCAAUCUUUUCGUCCGAAGGCGAUUUUGUGCGCUGGCGUGACGUUGGAUCCCAUUUGCCCCAAGUACCUCUUUUUGUCAAGACGGUCGUGUUCGAGCCCGGGCGUCAUUCCAACGUUGGCCCAAUCCUACCACUGAAUUAUCAAUACCGGGACGGUGCUCUAACGCAUCUCCUGCCUCCCGACACAGUUUAUUCCUCCAGUCCUUCAUAUCUUCGGCUCCCUGAUAUGCCACAGGCUCGUAAACUAAUCUGGGAUACCCCAUUCUUACAUCCGGUUUACUGCACGGUUUCAACACAGCAGUUCCUGUCGACAUUUUGCUCCCUCAAUGAGGUGGAGUUCUCGGGGAGCUUUGGGGCCGUCUCUGAUGCAAAACGAUUCCUGGAGCUACUCCCCCGGAUAGAGGUUCUCAAUAUCAAAGCCCUCGACAUCGCAGGUUUUUCCGGGCAGUCCCCUGCCUUCGCUGGUGACAUGACAAACCUUCGCAGGCUAUCAGCCGAAGAAUGCGAAACACCAUUGGACUGGCUGGUUGAUGACAUCCUGGCAGUGUCACGUCCCACCAAUCUUCAGAGUAUCUGCUACGAAGGCAACCUCCCUUUUUCCCAGACAGCGUUCAUUCGUCUUGUCGCCAUUUCCGCCGAGUCCCUCCAGGAGCUGAGCAUUCAACCGCCAUAUAAUGAAAGGGCGAGAGGCUGGACAAACCCGCCUCGAUUCAUAAACCGGUCCUUUCCUUCACUGGAGUCUUUGACUUUUUGCAUUAUCCAACUAGGUCUGUCCUUCGAACCAUUGUUUUCAAUGAACUGGUGCCGCAGGGUCAUAGAAGUCCUCCCACCGGCUCCGAAAAUGACUUCUCUCACUAUGCACUUUUAUGCUCAAGAACCAGAAGAUGUUGCCGACAUUGUUGCCGACCAGUCAUUCGACUGGAAGCAGCUAUCAGAGCUCACUUCAGAGCGGUUUCCCGAGCUGAAAAAAUUCAUCAUGCGCGUCUCUACACUAACAGAAUUUGGGGCGAACCGAAAAGCGCUAUCGGAGGCUCUCCUUCAAGAGAGGCUAGAACAUCUCGGGAAGAAGUUGAAGAUUGAAUGGGGUGAGCUCUUCGGUAUCUGUGCUUCUGUCUGUUUUUAA